GAUUGCAGUUUGUUUGCUGCCUGUUUCCAUGGUCACCAGUGUUGGCAUUAGUAGUUAAGUUGCACAGUGUGUGGAGUGCUUGUUUGGUUUUACUGAUUGUGGUCUGAACACCUCAAGCUGUAGUGGAAAAAUGGUAAAAGGCGGAAAGCGGCAUUUUUCAGUGAGCACUGAUUGCAAAUGGUUUGCUCAUUCAGGUUUAUCAGAAAAUGAGACAAAGACUCAAGAGAACUGUACAAGCACUGGGAUCAUGCUGACUCAAGUGAAGUCAUCAUUGCCUCAGGCUUUAAACUUUCAACGCUAUCCUAAAUGGAAAAGUCAGCAGAAAUCCAGAGAGUAUCCCUUCUCAAACCAUGACAACAAGCAUGCCUUGAAAGACGACGUCAUUGUAUUCUCUCAUAGUGUGGGAAGGAGAAGGUGUCUUGAUGAUCGCAGACAGCACAUCUCCCGUUUCUGCCUGUGCCAUGGUGGAACUGACAGUGGCACCAAAGAGACUCGAGGGAACGUCACAGCCUACCAGAGUGACUUCAUAGUGAAAGAGGUUGUUGACUCUGCAUCCAGAAACCGGCGCUUCCCUCACAACCACAGGCAGAAGUCUGCAGAGGCAGCUUUGGCACAGGCGGGGGAGCCGUUUAUGUGGUUCGGACGAGACGAUUCUGACCAGUCUGACACCCUGCAAGUGCUGGCAGCUACCAACUGCUCAACACCAUCCAAGCCUUAAGAUAUUCUUACAUUUAAUGCCCAGAUGGCAUCAUUAGGGGGCCAUAGCAUGCACAGAGCUUCCUUCACUUGCAUAUGAGCUGUAAUCCAUUAAAAAUUGUGAACUUUACCAAGAUUUAUCCCACAGCAUCCUCAAUAUCAAAUGUUCCAAGAUUGAAAAAAGCAUUAACAUAGUUUAAAUAACAUUUAUUGCAUAGAAACUAUGCAAAGUGAUUACUUUCAAAGUUUAGAACCUGCGAAAACCACUUCAAUACUUUUGCUAGUACUUAAGUGAUUUUAUCUCUGUAUUUCUAACAUUGUAAGGCUGGUGAUAAAAUCAUCAGAAUCAAUGGCAGGUACUUUUUGCAUCUCAACUGUUGAGAGUUCAGUCAGCCUCAGGCAGAAGAAUGCGCUAUCAGAUAAUGUCGACUCCAUUAAAUAUGCUAAAGUUGCUACAAACAUUUCACAAACGCAAUAUAGCAAUGUAGCACAAUGUUAUUUGAACUCAAGUUAGCAUAAGCUGAGUUAACGUAGCUAUGGAUGCACCUGAACAUCAGUGUGCACAGGCCUGAUUUGAGUGCCACUAUUAGUCCAUGUGAGGACUGUUGGUGGUUCACAGUUUUGCCAGCAGAGGGCAGCAGGUCUACAUGAGCCAUUUGGCCUGCCUAGCCAGUGAGUUGUUCAAGUACCAAGUUGUAUGAAAAAUGUAAUAGCCACAAAACCCUGUGUAAUAUGCAUGUUCUGUGAGACAAAAUGUGGGAGGGGCGGGAAUAAUUAGAAAAAUGAUCCAGCUAUUUUUAUUCAAUACAUAUCAACAUGGAGAUAUUCAAUUAGAGCAUGCGAAAUAAAUUAAGCUUGAUUUGAGUCAUAAUGCAUGGGCUUGUUUCACCCCAGGGGAUGAAAAGGAUGGAUAUGUGUGUGUGCAGCCCAUGAAGAGAGAGGAGGAAGCGUGGGAGCCAAUGACAGAGAGCACUGCUCAGAGAAAAGCACUUAAGUGAAGAGUGUCCCCGACCACUCUCUCCAAUAGCUGAUGUUUUCUCCAGAGCAUGCUCUGACCAGCUGCUUUCUUUCUUUAAAUACUCACCGGGGAGAUGGAUUUUUCUCACAAGCUUUCUUUCAGCUGUUGUAAUUAGCUGAUCCACAUACCGCGCUGACCUUGUAGGCGUUUGUUUCACUUUUAAAAGGUGAAGUAGACCUCAGUCUUUUCUCAGACAAGAUGGCUGAGAGAUGUUUAUGUGAAACUGUGGGCCUUUUGCGAUUUCACUUUGAGAUUAUCUGGCACAUCGCCGUCAGAAAAAACGAUUCCCUGAUGCAGGUGCACAAUUAGGAGGGGGAUGUAUGAUGAGGAGAUUACUUUUGAUGGUUUCCAGGUCUGUUUUAACCCUAUUUCUGCCAUGUCACUGAGACAACAGCCUGGAGCAUUUUGCUAUUUUGCCUAAACUAUUGUCAAACAUUUUGUGAAGACCAGCAGUGUUGCUGAUGAGAGAGAAAGAAGCGCUUAUUAAGGAAAAACACCUGUGCUCUGGUUUGACAGUUGGUUGUGCCUGGUCUCGACUGGUUGUCUGGCACCUCUGUCCCUGUGGGUGCAUUUCGCAGACUGCACUUUUCUUUGGACUUGCCACAACUUGAACAACUCCUCCGCACAGAAGCCACCAACACUUCAUAAUCAGAAAGUCUCAUUAGGUCUGUCAGAAGAGCAGUAAGGCUUUUAAUACUCGACAGAAGAGUGAGAACGCUGAAAUAACAUGCCAAUCAUUAGACGGUGUCAGGCCGUGCGUACUGUAUGUGCCAUGUUUAGUGUGUUACUGCACGCGUGUUACAUCACAUAGCCGGCAAGUAUAUGUAAAUACAGUUGCUUGGUAGAAAAUCAAUCCUUCUCCCAAGGACAAAAGGCACAUCUCAGUAAACAAGCAUUCAACCACCAAAGCCUUGCACUUCAUGAAUAUUAAAUCAGUCACUUUGAAUCCUACCUCUUUGGUGUUGGUGGAGGCCCUAGUCUGGAUUCUUACCAUUUGCUGUGAUUUAUUCACAGGUGCAUGUGUCUCUUUGAUGUGUUGAGUUGAGAGGUUUUGCACCUGUUAGAGAAAAAAAUGCUUUGAAAACAAGAGGUGGAUUUGCCAGACAGUCAAAAUAACAGCAACAGAAGGAAGAUUUGUGUUGCCAUGGUACAUUGUGUGCGUGUAUGCGUGUGUGCUUGUGUGUUUUCUUUUCAAAAAAGGCUCCUGCGCUGUUUUGACACAUUCUGUUGUGUGCAGCAAAAUUGGUUUGUGUCAAACAAGAUCUACCUUCCUCUUUUUUUGUAAAUCCCACAUCAGUUUUGGCAUCUGUUCUGACAUUAUGAAGUUGUGCAUUUUUCAUUUUGUGCAUUACCUAUUCAUUAAAGAUGUAACUUGAAAGAGAGUUGCUAUGGAGAUGCUGCGGUUAAAUCGCAUAUCUCAAAGAUUUUUUAUUUCUGUUUAUUCUUUUGCCAAUUAUAACUAUGUCUAGCUAUCUUGACUUCUUUAGAUUUUUCACCCCACUUUCAAUAUCUUUUUUGAUACGAUGUCAAGGCUCACAGUAGGACUUUUCCUUAUGCCUAACACUUCAUCUUGUUCAAACACUCAGCACACAGUCUAAACAGCAACUAUAGAGUCCAAAAGUCUUUCGAAUUGGCUGGGUUAAACUACACCCAAACUUUAAGACUCCUUCCAAUCUCCUGUCAGUCAUUUCUCUUGCAGUGCUUCCAAUUCCCUGGCAGUGUUAUUUUUUCAGCAGCCAGUUGGUUGGUGUCCCCUGGCAGCCUUAGUGGUCCUUGUUGCAGUAACGGUCAGGGGCCCUCCUGAGUCUGAGGGUGGUGAUAAAGGUGGCUGGCUAUCUCAUUUCCACAGAGGACUAGAUAACAUCCUGAGAACAUUCCCAUCACUUGAGGAGUUUGUUCAGUUGAGAUAAGAGUUCCCCUGCUAAAACCCAGCUGGGAAGCUCUGUGUUUGCCUGAGUAUGUGUGUCUUUGCACUGUGCAUGUGUGCCUUAACAGAGUACUUUGGAGCAUGUUAGCUGCAGUUCUUUUCUGUGCUGCAGCUGUGAGGUCCGCCAGGCUCCGAUCGAGACGCUGCCUCAAAAGAUCAGGCCUAUCCUUGCAUUAAAUCACAUUCCCCCAUGCAUUUUUCAAACCUCCGACAAGGCUUGCAUGUUAAUUUGUGCGUAGGUGGUGAGAAUAAUUACAUUAGCCUGGUUGUAAACAAAGACCUACAAGCAGCAGUCUGUUCAAGUAUCCCACCAGAGAAAGAACAAGCAAGUAGUUUAUACAAGGAUGGAUGAAUUUAUAAUGCAUGCUUUACAUGAAGGGGAUUGUGUGUGCAUCCAUAGCUGUUGUAUCUGUAAUUAAAUAGCAAC